AUGAAUCUGUUGACUAUUCUCAUAUCCCGUGUCUAUCCAGUGGUCCCAUGUGGAAAAGGAGCUUGGACCGGUUAUGGAGAUCCAAAUGGGAAUGGAAUCAAGGGAUGCUUGGAGGAGUGGAGAUACCAAGAAAGGUACCAAGAUAAACGACACAAACUACUUUCAGAAUAUGCAUCUAUUUCCACUUAA